UAUGCAGGGAAGAAAAAAGAAAAAACCUCCCAGUAGCAUGACGCUAUACCAAAGAAAACUUCAAGAAGAGGAGAGAAGCUCUAUUGAAGUUGAUGAGUUUUUCUCCAAGUCCAGUGGAGAAGCUCUAAAGGGAGAAAAAGGCUCCCCUUAUCGAGCAUGCACUCUGCAUGCUGAAGCCAGCAAGUUUGAUGGAAUGACUAUUCUCAACAGGAUUACAGAAAUAGUCUCUGAUGAAGAAGAAGGAAACGAAGUACCUAAACCAUCAGAAAACACCACACAUCAACAACCUACCACCACCAAAACACAGGAAGUUGAAGUAAGAAUCUCCCCGAUGGGUUCACCUGAACUUCAGGCACUCCUUAACAGAAAAGAAGGCUCAACCCCUCUUGACCCCAUCCAAUCUACUGCCUCCCUGACAUCUUCAUUGGUCUAUACGUGCGAAAUUGAAGGAUGCUCCAACACUGCAAACUAUGAAGCUAGAAUUGAAAACAAAAAUGGCCUUGCAACUGCUAGAGUAUGUGUUGAGCAUGCAACCGACAAUAUUGAAGGCAAUGAAACCAAAAGCCUGACCCUGACAAAUACUGAAAAUAUGUCAGCAUAUUCGAUGUCAUCAAUCAGUCUCAGUGACAAUGAGGACAACGACAAAGUAAAACACAUUGUUAACAAGGUCCUCAAUACUAAAGGCAAACCUUCCUACCAAACUAAAGGUCAAAAAAGAAACAAAGGUAGAAGAACCUCCAAUCCAACCCAAAAACAAGCUGUGUCCUUCGACAUCAACAGUGAUGAAGACUUCCCUUCACUACCUGGGCAAAGGACAUCAACAAAAACCUCCUCUCAGAAUGUCGGAAUAGCACCACCCAAAGGUGACACCAGGAAGGGCCCAUCACCAAAAAGGGCAAGAACAAACAAACAGCCCAGCAACCCGGUAACAAUGAACAUAGACAGCUCAAGCGAAGAUGAAGUUCCAAGCAGAUUCAAUAGAGCAAUCAUCCCAAAAAUUGACCACCCUACUCCCUUCCCCAAGAAACCUACCAAUGCCAAUGCACUUAUACUUGCCAUUGAUGGUGAGCCUGUAGGAGUAUCACUAAAAUGGGCUCCAAUUCAUCUACUCAAAGCCGUGGCUGGAAAUGACA